AUGAGGAACGAAACAGGUGGUACCAUGGUCGUUGAUCUCCAAACGGGUCCAUAUAACAACAAUCACCAUCGCCAUAAUCUCAGCCACGACCUUAGCGAUAAUGGUCACAAACCGAGGCCUAAAUUUGGUGAUCUCUUGAAAGCCGACCAUGACGGAAUAUUCCCUCCCGAAGAUCCCAUCAUUGUCAACGCCAACUUAACUCACCAACGGUUUAGCAGCGUCUCGGCCUCGACCAUGAGCAGCGGUCCGGCCAGCGGAGAAGGUUCUCCUUGCGUAAUGUCGCCUUGGGCCCGCGUGUCGCCUCCUUGGGCUGAUAAUUUCAAUGAAGACAUUAAUGUCCUCGAGACCAAUGGCCUCAUUGGCUCUAUCGUACGUGAAGAAGGGCAUAUAUACUCGCUAGCCGCUUCUGGUGAUCUUCUCUACACGGGCUCGGACUCGAAGAACAUUAGGGUUUGGAAGAAUUUGAAGGAUUACGCGGGGUUUAAAUCAAGUAGUGGGCUCAUCAAGGCCAUUGUGAUAUACGGAGACCGGGUCUUUACGGGCCACCAGGACGGGAAGAUCAGGGUUUGGAAGAUUUCGAAGAGAAAACCGGGAAAGCACAAACGGGUUGGAACAUUGCCUACGUUUAAAUCUAUGGUCAAGAGCUCCGUAAACCCUAAACAUUUCAUGGAGGUACGCCGCAACAAAAACUCCGUGAAGACGAAGCAUAACGACGCCGUAUCUAGUCUUAGCCUAGACGUGGAGCUUGGGUUGUUGUACUCUAGUUCUUGGGACACGACGAUCAAAGUGUGGAGAAUCUCGGAUUCGAAAUGUUUGGAAUCGAUACAUGCGCACGAUGACGCGAUAAACUCGGUAAUGUCCGGUUUCGAUGACUUUGUGUUCACGGGAUCCGCGGAUGGCACGGUUAAAGUGUGGAAGCGUGAGAUGCAAGGCAAAGGAACGAGGCACGUGUUGGUUCAAAUUUUGCUCAAGCAAGAAAACGCGGUCACGGCAUUGGCUGUAAUAUUAAAGUCUUCAAUCGUAUAUUCCGGUUCCUCGGACGGACUAGUUAACUACUGGGAGCGUUCAAAGCGUAUAUUCGUCGGCGGAACACUAAAAGGGCACAAAUCCGCCGUGCUAUGCCUCGCUGUGGCGGGGAACUUGUUGUUGAGUGGUUCGGCCGACAAGAACAUAUGUGUCUGGAGGCGGGAAGCGUCCGACGGAUCUCAUCAGUGUCUGUCUGUGUUGACGGGCCACAUGGGACCCGUCAAGUGUUUAGCCGUGGAGGAGGAACGAGCUUGCCAUAAGGGAGCAAAAGCCUCUUCUGUCGCCGAGGGAGACCGGAAGUGGAUUAUAUACAGCGGAAGUUUGGACAAGUCGGUGAAAGUGUGGCGCGUGUCGGAGAGGAUGGCCACGUGGAAGGAGAUGGACGAGCCAGGAGCAUCUUCUGCUUCUGGGCGGAAGAGCUCUUCGUCUCCGCACGAAGGGAGUGGCGCGUGGAGUUUACGCGAGUUGGAGAAAUAA